GACGUCACUUCCCAUUGAGCUUGCUUAGAACGUAUCCCCCUUCACCAACUUUUUCUUCUCUUCGGGGCUGCUUUGAAGUGAUCUUUUGUCUGUCUUCUAUACAUAAAAGAAGCCAAACAUGUCGCCGCCCUCACGUCGGCUUCAAACGAAACCGGUCAUCACCUGCCUGAAGACUUUCCUCAUCUCCUACAGUCUGAUUUUCUGGUUCACAGGCAUGAUCCUGCUAGCAGUGGGCGUGUGGGGGAAAGUCAACCUGGAGGCGUACAUCACACUGGCUUCCGAUGAGACCACAAACGCGCCGUACGUCCUCAUCGGCACCGGCGCUGCCAUCAUCAUAUUUGGGCUUUUUGGCUGCUUCGCCACCUGCCGCGGCAGCCCGUGGAUGCUAAAACUGUAUGCCAUGUUCUUAAGUGUGGUCUUCCUGGCCGAGCUAGUGGCUGGAAUAUCAGGCUUCGUCUUCAGGCAUGAAAUAAAGGAAAAAUUAGGCACCGCAUACCAAAACGCAGUCAAGUCCUACAACAGCACAGAGAGCAGCAGAACCGCAGUGGACGCCAUCCAGAGGACUUUGCAAUGCUGUGGCGUGAAAAACUACACGGACUGGGCCGAAACGGACUACUUCAAAGACCAGGGCAUCCCCGCCAGUUGCUGCAAAGUCAACACCAACUGCCCUCCAGACACCCUCAAGGACCUGAACAAGGCUAAAAAUGAAGUGUACAGCACUGGUUGCUUCUCGUUGGUGACUAAUGUGAUGGAGUCCAACCUGGAUAUCAUUGCUGGGAUCUCAUUUGGAAUCGCCUUCUUUCAGCUCAUCGGGGUAUUCCUGGCCUGCUGCUUGUCUCGAUACAUAACCAAUAACCAGUACGAGAUGGUGUAAGCUUCAUGCAGGUGACUUGGCGUGCCUCUCCCACCCUACAGGACUGACCCUCUUGUGAUUUUUUUAAGAAAACUUUUUAGAGAAAACAAACUCUUGUUUUUUUGGGGGGUGGGGUCCGCUCACGUGACUCGGUAGAGGAGCAGAAGGGAAUAACCCAAAGGGAAUUUGAGAGGAAAGUAGUUUGAUCCAAACAUUUCAACACGUUUUUUUCCUGUUAUCGUAAUAGUAAAUGUUCAGCCUAGACGUCAUUGUGUCAAUGUUAUCACUUUAUUUUUGUGUCUUUGUUUCUCACUGAAAAGUAGUGCCUUGCUUUAUUUUGUACUUUUGAUAAAAAUGUACAGCUAAAAUGACAAACUGACAAGGGAUUGUGCAUGAGGUUAUUUGUAAGGGGAAAUGGCGUACGUAAAGUGCCAACAACAAUAACCCACAUUUUCAUAUUAAAGUCAUCAGUGUUUAAUUGCUUUUCCUCUGUGGAUGCAUGUAAAGUAUUGAAGGGGAAAAAAUAAUAAAAGGUGAAUUCACAUAA